AUUUUGUGUGAUAAAUGAUUGGUAUUUGGUAGGAACAUUAUUAAUCUAAUAGCUAUUCCUUUUUGUUUUUAAGGGAUAAGAUAACUCAAGUAUGAAUCAACUAGUAGAAAAAAUGAUUAAUUUAUCCCUUUCUUCAAAUCAUUAUGAAGAAAUAGGAAAAUUAAUCAUAUCUUAUAUUUCUAAGUAUGAGAUAAAUGUGAAUACAACAAUAUUACUUUUUGUAAUUGUCAUUCUUGGGAGUCUCUAUUUCUCUUUUUUUAGUAAUAAUAAUGUGUCAAACCAAAAGCACAAGCUGCUGAUCAAGCCCAAGCCCAAUAAAUUUGACCGUACAAGGUCAUGGAUUAUUAGAGAAAUCCAUAGUGGAGAGCCCAUAUUGAAUAGAUUGAAAGAAGAUUUCAAUAAAGCUUGUGUAAAUCCUGCAACACUAAAGGACACUGAAAAAGUUUUGAAGGCUUUGCUUAAUGAAGAAUAUCUUGAUUUAAUAAAGAUUCAGCAAGCUGUGGCAAAGCUGGAAAUGAGUGGAAGCGAAAAUUCUGCGGUAAAAAAACUUGAAGAGGCUUUAGAAAAGGCUAACAAUGCGAACAAACCACAUGAAGCCUAUGAAAUUGAAAUGUUCUUAGUAGAAAUGCUCAUCUACAAGAGAGACCUGGAAAAAGCCUUGAACCGUGCAUGCUUGAAAGACGAGUCGCUUAGAGAUGCUCGACGCCCACUCUACAAGGCAAUUAUACAUCAAAUGAAUGCAUAUAUGAUCAAAAGUAAAAAAGAGAAGAAAAAAGAGAAGAAAAAAGCUAUUGAAUGUUGGGAAGAAUUUGUGACAUUACGAGAUCCACCAUACGCGGAAGAUUCUUAUUCUUUCAAGGAGUUCAAGAAAAACGUGAAAAAACUUCUAAGUGCAGAAAAAGAAUUAUAUGGGAAAAAUGAACAAUAGAACUUAUGUAAUUAAUAGCUACAUGUUUAGUAUUUGUUCUUGUUAUAGUAGUGAAUGAAUUUAUUUAUUUAAACAUUAGAAUUUGUGAAACUGUUUCUGAUAAUUUAUAAAAGUAAUUUAUGCCAUUUUUUAAAA